GCAGCGGGAGGGAGGGCGCCGGCUGCCCAAGGAGCGGGGCCAAAAACGGGCCACAUUUCGCCCAAAACAGGCCGUAGGCGACAAAACAGAAGGGCCAGCGCGCCGGAGGCAACAGCUCGCGCCGAAGGGCAGCCAUGAGGCCACCCCUCCUGCUGGGCUGCCUCGCGUGGACGGCGCGAGGCGCGGACCUCUACGCCGUGGUCAACGCGUCGCGGGACGCAUCGACUGAUGCCCUCCUAGCAUCGUACGUCGAAGCAGUCGACCGCGACCUCGCGCCCGCGGCCGCCGACGCCGAGGCGCUCGCGCUCGAAGCGUCGCGAGCCGCUGACGCGCACGAUACAGCUCUCAAGGAGGCGCGUCAGGCCGCAGCACAUGCGCGGACCGCGCGCGCGGCCGUGGAGGACGCGCUGUUGGACGCGAAGCGCGCCAUCCGCCACGCGGCCUCGGCAUUGAAACAAGCCGUCCAGGGCAAGGAGCUCGAGGCCACGCUCGCGAGGCACGGCCGCGGCCAGCGUUUGGCGGACGCCGAGGUCGACCGUAGUGCCGCGAAGGCCAAGGACGUCGUCCUGAAGCGCCACGCGGACGUCCAGCGCACAGCCCGCCAGGUCGAGGCCAACGCCACGGCCGCCCUAUUAAUGUCCUCGCUCUCGGAGGAGUCGGCAUCACACGUAAGACGCGUCUGGACGUCUUUUUUGAGACCCGCGCCGUCAACGAUGACCCCCAAACAAAUCGCGGAGCGGGUCCCGACCACAGAAGAGCUCCUCGACGCCUGCGACCCUUUGCUGAGUUCGUACGCGGAGAGGACCUGGCCCAAGUGGUCCUGGUGGAUCCCGGCGGAAGACAACGACCCGCGCUUUAACAAGCGGCGCGCGUGGCAGAAGACGCUGUCCCAGGCGUUCAAUUACAUGACCCGGCCCGUGCAGCUCGUGCAGUUCCAGCAUUCCGUAUUACGGGAGGUGGCCCAUUUACCCACGAAGGACGUGUCACGAUUCAUCUCCGAGAAGCUGGUCAUGAACGAGUCGUCGGGCAACGUCUCCACAACGUCGGGGCGCUUCAUCCUCGACGCCAUCAACGCGACGCGCGCCCUCAAUGAUCCGGGCCUCGCGGGCUUCGAGACGCCGACGCCGGACGUGCUCGCCAAACGGCCGCCGCGCUUCGUCGAAAGAAGAAGUUUAUUAACUGAGGAGCGCGGCGCGGCGAACGCGUCGCUCGCGCGGGCCAUCGAGACGUCCUGCGAGCGUUUGGAUAAUGUGCCCGACGCCCUGCGCCACGCGCAGCGCCUGGCCGAGGCGGCCGGCGCCGCCGCGGCGGAAGCAAAGCGGGCCUUGAUAGAUGCGGACGCCCUGCGUCUGAAGGCCGACGCGGCGCUUGCGACGGCCCGCGCCGCCGCGGCGGCCCACGGCGACCGGGCGCGGUCCUUGGACGCGGCGUUUCGGGUCUUCUCCGACGCGGCCGCGCGGGAGGCGUACGACGCGCCAUGUAUACCCUCGCGCGACGCGCCGGGCUGCUGCGAGCGCGCCGCGCCUGGUGGCGCCGGCGUCGUGCUGACUUGUGCUGUUGACGACUAA